AUGGAUCAACAACGUUUCCUGCAGCAAUUGCAGAUCAUCUUGGACCCCUCUCAGGGAAAUGUCAAGGAAGCCACCGGCAUCUUGCAAAAGGAGUUCUACAGCAAGCCCCAGUCCCUCGUUCUCCUCAUCCAGAUUGCCACCGGCCAUGAGGACCCGAACCUUCGCCAGCUCGCCGCCGUUGAGGCUCGUUCGCUCGUCCAGAAGCACUGGUUGAAGGUUGCGGCGGACCAGAAGCCCCAGGUGCGGGAGCAGUUGCUCCGCUCCACCAUGGGAGAGAGCUCGUCUCUCGUUCGUCACUCGGUCGCUCGGAUCAUCUCGGCUGUCGCCAAGAUUGAUCUCCAGGAUGGCGAGUGGGCGGAUCUACCCAACGUUCUCCUGCGUGCGGCUGACGGCGGCAACCAGGAUGAGCGGGCCGUAGCUAUCUACAUUCUGUUCACCAUUCUGGAGACCCUGGGUGAGGGCUUUGAGGAGAAGUUCCAAGACCUGUUCACCUUGUUCAACAAGACCAUCCGUGACCCCGAGAGCGCUGAGGUCCGCAUCAACACUCUCCUGGCUCUGAGCAAGCUCGCCUACCACCUCGACUCGGAGGAGAACAUGGCUCCCGUCAAGGCUUUCCAGGAUAUGGUUCCCUCCAUGGUCGCCGUCCUUAAGGAUGCUAUUGACCAAUCUGAGGAGGACCGUAUUAUGCAGGCCUUUGAGGUCUUCCAGACUCUGCUUAGUCUCGACCCCGCCCUCCUGACCAUCCACCUGAAGGACCUCGUCGUGUUCAUGAACGAGCUCGCCGCCAACACUGAGGCCGACGAGGACACCCGUACUCAAGCUAUCAGCUUCCUCAUGCAGUGCGUCCAGUACCGCAAGCUGAAGAUCCAGGGUAUGCGUCUCGGCGAGCAGCUGACUCGCACUGCUCUGCAAAUUGUCACUGAGCUAGAUGACUCCCCCGCGGAUGAUGAUGAUAUCACUCCGCCCCGCUCUGCUCUGGGUCUUCUCGACAUUCUCGCCCAGAGCCUGCCUCCCAGUCAAGUUGUUGUGCCUCUGCUCCAGACCUUGGGUCAGUACUUCAACAGCAAUGACGCCAACUACCGCCGUGCCGGUAUCAUGGCCCUGGGUAUGUGCGUUGAGGGUGCUCCCGACUUCAUCAGCACUCAGAUGAAAGAGAUCUUCCCCAUGGUUCUCCAACUCCUUGCCGAUCCCGAGCCCAAGGUCCGCCAGGCCUCUCUGCACGCCGUUGCCCGUCUGGCUGACGACCUCGCCGAGGACCUCAGUGCCGAGCACGAGCGCCUCAUGCCCCUGCUCUUCAAGAACCUGGCCAGUGCCAUGCAGGAGUACCAGGGAGAGGAGGAUGGCCCCACUGUUGAUAUCAUGAAGGCUGGUAUUAGCGCCAUCGAUGCUGUUGUUGACGGUCUCGAUGAGAAGGACGUUGCUCCCUACCAGACUGAGCUUGUGCCUAUCCUGCACAAGCUCUUCCAGCAUCCCGAUUUCAAGAUCAAGGGCCUUGCCGCUGGUGCUCUUGGUUCGCUCGCCUCCUCUGCUGGUGACUCUUUCCUCUCGUUCUUCGAUGAGUCCAUGCACCUGCUUCAGGAGUUCGCCACUGUCAAGGACAGCGAAGAAGAGCUUGACCUCCGUGCUAGCGUCACUGAUGCUAUGGGUGAAAUGGCCGCCGCUGCUGGUCCCGAGCGAUACCAGCCGUACGUGGAGCCCCUCAUGCGUGCCACCGAGGAGGCCCUGCACCUCGGCCACUCCCGCCUCAAGGAAAGCACCUACAUCUUCUGGGGUGCCAUGGCUAAGGUCUACUCGGAGCACUUCUCUCCCUUCCUGGAUGGUGUUAUCAAGGGUCUCUUCGAGUGCAUUGAGCAAGACGAGGAUGACCUUGAGCUCGACCUUGGUGAGGCCGCCAAGGAUCUCAUUGGCCAGGAGGUGACCGUUGCCGGCCGGAAGGUCAAGGUUGCCAGUGCCGAGGAUGAUGACGAGCUUGAGGGUGAUAUCGAGGACGUUGAUAUUGACGAGGACGACGAGGAUGCCUGGGAUGACAUUACCGCCACCACCCCUCUGUCCCUGGAGAAGGAGAUUGCUGUCGAGGUUAUUGGUGACCUGGUCACCCACACUCGCAGCUCCUUCCUGCCCUACUUCGAAAAGACUAUUGAGACUGUGAUGCCUCUCGCUGAGCACCCUUACGAGGGUGUCCGCAAGAGCACCAUUAGCACGCUGCACCGCUCCUACGCCAUGCUGUUUGCCAUUGCCGAGGAGACCGGCCAGAUGCCCAAGUGGCAGCCUGGUCUGCCUCUGCAGGUCCAGUCCGCCAAGGAGGUGAAGAAGUUCGGCGAGAUCCUCAUGACUGCCACCAUCAAGAUGUGGGCUGAGGAAGAUGACCGUGCUACCGUCGCCGAUAUCAACCGCAACAUGGCUGAGAACCUCCGCUUCUGUGGCCCUGCGCUGAUCUCUGAUGAGACUGUGCUGCACAACGUGAUUCAGAUGGUUACCGACAUCAUCACCAAGCAGCACCCCUGCCAAAUGGAGUUCGGCCCCGAGGAGGAGAGUCUCGAGGCUGGCGAGGAGACGUCCGAGUUCGACUGGGUUGUGGUUGACACUGCUCUGGAUGUCGUCUCCGGUAUGGCCGCCGCCCUGGGCCAGAGCUUCGCCGAGCUUUGGAAGGUCUUUGAGAAGACCAUCCUGCGUUACGCUAGCAGCACCGAAUCCCUGGAGCGCGCCACCGCUGUGGGCGUUUUGGCCGAGUGCAUCAACGGGAUGGGCGGCGCUGUGACUCCGUUCACCUCGUCGUUCCUUAAGCUGCUCCUGCACCGCCUGGGUGACGAGGACCCCCAGACCCGGUCCAACGCCGCCUAUGCCGUCGGCCGUCUGGUCGAGCAUUCGAACUCUGAUGCCGAGAUGGUCAAGGAGUUCCCUACCAUCCUUAGCCAUCUGGAGUCGUGCUUGCAGAUGAACGUUUCUCGUCUGCAGGACAACGCUACUGGCUGUGUCUCCCGCAUGAUCCUGCGCCACCGUGACCACGUCCCUACCAAGGAUGUCCUGCCGGUGCUUGUGAACAUUCUCCCUCUGAAGAACGACUUCGAGGAGAACGACCCUCUGUACCGCAUGAUCUGCCAGAUGUACAAAUGGGAGGACGCGACUAUCCGCGAACUCACACCCCGCCUGUUGCCUGUCUUCCAGGCGGUGCUGACGGGCGAUGAGGACCAGCUCGAGGACGAGCGCCGUGCCGAGCUUAUCGAGCUGGUCAAGUGGCUGAACCAGAUGCAGGCGGGCGCUGCCCCCUGGGUUGAGCAGCUGUAA